AUGUCAACCACCACGACGACGGCUGCGGCCCCUGUGGCUGUCUCGGAAGAGACACCCAUCUCCAAAGCGACCAAAAGACUUGCAGUCUCAGAAGAUGAAUACCAAGGCUUAGAUCCUGAAUGGAGAAGUCUUUGGAACGAACAUGGGAGCUCGAUGGUCAGGGCCGACGAGGUCACAAUUGAGGAGUAUCGGCUAGACCCAGCCAAGUACAGCUUCUCAUACCCGACCUACCCCGGCCCAGAGGUGUUCCAUGUGGAAGACAGACGCAUCCCGGUGACGCGACCAGCGGGCGGCUGGGUUUUGGGCGGUCUCAAGUCAGAGGCAGCCUGGUGUCGGCACAUGUGCAACAAGUCCAAUGUCAAGGUGAUUGACGUAGACUAUCGCAUGGGCCCCGAGUUUCGCUUCCCAACAGCCAUCUACGACUGCUGGGACGCGGCAAUUGAGAACGCCGACGCGCUCAACGUUGACCCCAAGAGUGUCUCGUUUGGAGGCUUGUCGGCGGGUGGCCACACGUCCGCCGUGCUCGCCCACUUUGCGCGCGACGAAAACAUCGACAUCAAACUCCACUUGAUGAUUGUUCCGGCCACGGACAUGCGCUAUUGCAGCACAAAGAUCAAGGCGUUGACACCAGACAAUUGCCCGUACGAGAGCGCGCGGUUGUUUGCCGACCUGCCAUGGGGCCCGCUCGGGCGAGAGCAGUGGUUCCUCAAGUACUGGCUCGGCGACGACGCAGACGAGCAAGAGCGCAUUCUGAACGAGGAGUGGAUCAUGACUCCCGUGCUGGCUCCGCGCCUUAGUGGUCUGCCCCCCGCGCAUAUCGUCACGGCCGAAUUUGAUCUGGAGCGGGACGAAGGCGAGGCGUAUGGUCGCAUGCUGCAGCAGGCGGGCAAUCAAGUUACGAUGAAGAGGUAUGCGGGUAGUCCGCACGCCUUUGCCCACUACAACCAUCCCCAGCGGGGUCUGGCGACGAGCUUUGAGUUCAUGGAGGAUACGGCGGCAUUGUUGAAGGAUGUUCACUACGGGCAUUAG